AUAUUCGACGGCAACAAACCGGUGCUUACGGUGGCCGACCCGGCGCUUGUCAAACAAAUUCUGGUCAAAGAUUUUGGUGUAUUCGCCGAUCGGUACCAAACACCGGGUCCGCACCCCAUCACCGGCGACGAACACUUGGGCGAAGCGCACGGCGCCGACUGGCGGCGAAUGCGCGCCGUGUGGUCGGCCAUGUUUACCGGUGCCAAACUACGGCACCUGUACCCCACUCUGACCGACUGCGUUCGCGAACUCGUGCGCUCGCUUAACGCUACCGGUGGCGCCCCAAUUGACCUAGUACCGAUAUUUGAAAAAUUCGCCAUGGACGCUUUGGUAAGCACGGGGUUCAGCGUGAAAUGUGGCGCCCAAAGUGACCCCGGAGCCAACAACGCGUUUAUGCGUAACUACAGCAUGGCGUUCAACACGGACUACGUGCGCGGCCGUACACUACAGGUCGUAUGGAAAUGGGUGCUCGAGAUGGUCGGCGUCGUCCACAUGAAAACCAAACCGUUUAACGUGUUUUACAUGGACUUCGUUCGGCGAGUAUUGGCAGAUAGGGAACGCCAUUCGGGCGGGGGUUACAGCGAUUUUAUUCAAUGUUUUAUAAAGUCCGAGAGAGACCCGAGUUUGGGAUCCAAGGCAUCGGACGCCACCAAUGAACUGCUCGUUGAUAAUGAUAAAGAUACCACGAGUGGAUUGCCUACCCAAUCAACCGGUAAGUAUCUGACCAAAGGUGAGGUGGCGUCCAAUGGGUGGCUAUUAUUCAUAUCGGGCACCGAAACCAUUACCACAACCCUGUCGUUCGUGGCGUACGAGUUGGCCCGCAAUCCGGACGUUCAGCGGCGGCUACGCGACGAGAUCGUCGCCGCCUCAGUCGACACCAAUGGGAGCGUUGGUUACGAGGCGUUGACAAGACUGCCAUAUUUGGACGCCGUUUUGUCGGAGACCCUCCGACUUCACGCGCCUUUUCAUCGCGUAAUCCGUACGGCCACCCGGGACUACACACUGCCCGGCACAGGGAUUGGCAUCAAAAUGGGUCAGAAGGUGGAGGUGCCCGUUUACGCCAUACACCAUCAGGAAGGAUACUACCCGAACACGGAACACUUUUAUCCUGAUCGUUUUCUGACCGAUUGUAAGCCGACCAUGUAUAUGCCAUUCGGUAUAGGACCGCGAAAUUGCGUAGCUGGUAGAUUCGCCAUGCUCGAAUUGAAAAUAGCCGUGGCACACAUAAUUAAGGGUUUUACGCUCGAGGUGGUUGGCAAACCGGACGCACCGGUGCCGUUGAUGAAUCGUCAAGAGGUCCAUAAGCCGUCGAGGUUAGACCUAUCAUCCAACGGAACCAGGGAUAGGGGCGGUACUGACGUACUGUUAAAGUCAACCAACUUUUGCCACAAGAACCUUACGAAUUGGUGA